GGUCAAGGGUCGGAGACGCUGAUGAUGUCAUGCUCUGAAGAUGGCUGAAGGGGAAGGAAGUUGGUGGGGAGGCUGGCUCCAGCAAAGCUUCCAAGCCGUUAAAGACAAGUCCUCUGAAGCAUAUGAGUUUAUCAAACGAGAUUUGGCCGAAUUCUCCAACGUGGUCCAACAUGACACUGCUUGCUCUAUCGUCGCCACUGCCAACGCCGUCAGAAGCAAACUAGCUGUGGAAGGCUCUGCAGAUACCUCAGAGAAAGUGAAGAAGAGCCUGUCCAACAUUCUGGGGGUCAUCACUGACACCCUUGCACCUCCACCAGACAAAACCAUUGACUGUGAUGUCAUCACACUGGUGGCUACGCCUGCAGGCACAACAGAGGUGUAUGACAGCACCAAGGCACGUCUCUACAGUUUGCAGGCAGAUCCGGCUACAUACUGCAAUGAGCCUGAUGGCCCUCCAGAGCAGUUUGAUGCCUGGCUCUGCAGCUUCAGCCUGGAGGAUAAGAAAGCAGAGAUCUCUGACCUCCUGGUCAACAGCCCAUCUAUCCGGGCCCUCUACACUAAAAUGGUACCUGCGGCUGUGGCCCACGCAGAGUUCUGGCAGCGGUACUUCUACAAGGUCUUUCAGCUCGAGCAGGAGGAGGCCCGGAGAGUGGCGCUGAAGCAGAGAGCGGAGCAGACAGCUCACCGUUCUGAGCGAGAAAGUCUGGGCUGGGAGGAGGAGGAAGAGGAUGACUUUCUAGGGGCCACCUCCACAUCUCGUCUGGACUUCACCCCACCCCUGGAUGACCCCACCCGCACCUCCCUGUCCCCCGUCUCCUCCACCCCCCUGGCCCUGACGGCCCCCCAUAUCUCCGUGUCGCCCUCAACCAGUCAGGGUGCCUUCUCCCCAGGCCACGCCUCGGACGUCACGCCCUCGCUCAGCAGCGACAGCGUCAGCCUGCCCACCCAGCUGGAGGCCCUGCCCAGCUCUGUGCCCGUGCCCAUGCCCAUGCCCAUGCCCGCAACCGCGUCCCCUCCACAGCCCCUGGCCCAGGAGCUGAGUCUGAGGCUGAGCGAGGCCAGCCUGGAGGAGGUGGAGGUGGAGGAGGAGGUGGAGGAGAGCCCAGAGGAGCAGCAGCAGCAGCAGCAGCAGACAGGAGGAGAGCGGCAGAGUGCUCCCCAGCUGGAGGUGGUCAGGGAUGGGCCACCCUCAGAGGAGCAGCCCCCGGCAGCGCCCACGGCCAGGACGGAGACCACCAGAGAGGACGGACCACAGGACCUGAGAGUGUUUGAACUGAACUCGGACAGCGGCAAGUCCACACCCUCCAACAAUGGCAAAAAAGGCUCCAGCACAGAUGUCAGUGAGGACUGGGAAAAGGACUUUGACUUGGACAUGACAGAGGAGGAGGUGCAGAUGGCCCUGUCUAAGGUGGACGGCACUGCAGAGUUGGAGGACGAGGACUGGGAAAAUUGGGACUAAACUGGAAGACUGACCAACCAAGGAUUUAUUGUCCCACCCUGCCCCAUCGAGACGAGUUGCAGCUGCAGACUACAUGCUUACUGACCUUCUCAGCCCACUGUCAUCAGCAAAUACAGUGCCACUCCACAAAACAAAAAUAUACACAAACACACACACACACACACACGGGCGCGUGUACACACACACACAGGUGCGUUCACACGGAUCACUCGCCACCUUCAUCCCCCUUCCUCUGCCCUGUCAUCGCAAUAAAGGUCAGCUCCCAUCUUGCAUUGCCCCAGCGGCCAUUUUGUGCGGCCAGUGUUUUAGUGGCCCACUGCUUCUCUAAAGGGUGUGUUUGUGGGUAAUGGGGUAGUAGUAAGCCUUAGAGCCUACUUUAGCAUUGGGGCUGGUAGCUUCCACAUCUGACUAACACUUUUGAGCAGAGACGGAUCAGCCAGUGCGCGAGUCAUACCGGCAUACAACGGAGUGGUUGCCAUAGUUCCUGUCCUCCUUCAAAGCAUAAAUAUGAUAAUAAUGAUAAAAAAGAAUCCAUUUUAUGUACAGUAGGUGUGUUAUGCCAACACUACCCCAAGAAGAAAGGGUUCCGGCUUCAGGCUUUCUAAUAGCCAUUGACUGUAAUGCUGCUUGUUGCCUCCAGAAGAUAGCAGAAAAAAGCUCCUUUAAGCUCAAAUAUGAAUAUAUGUACCUUUUCUUUUUUCUUUUCUUCCAGUGGUGUUCUGGAGUGUUUUUCCUCUGUUUAUCUUUUGUCUAUGAUAUGAAUUACUACCGGUAAUAACCUCCUGUCUCAUGCUAGGUCAAAGUGCAAAAAGGACUUUGGCUUCAUGGACUGGCAGAACAUUGAAAGUCCUGAAAUGUUUAUAAAGUACAGUCACCAAUCAGCAACAUGGCGGCCUUGGGAGACAAAGAAUGUGUUUUGUCUAAAGAAAAAAAAAUUAUGAGUUGACUAAACACAGCCAGUACUUGUUGCAUCAUUCACAUUAUGUCUUCAUGUCUAAGUUCUCCUGUUCACUGGGUGAGGAAAUGACAACUGCGUAACAUUUGUAAUAUUGAUUGCAACAUGAUGCAAGAUCUGGUCUACUGUCUGAUGUCUUUUUUUUUCACCCCCUCUUGUCAGUUGUCCGAUGUUCUCCUCAGAUGAUAUGGCUGUUGUCUGAUGGCUUACAGCGCUCUCUCUCUCUCUCUCUCUCUCUGACAUCUAUUGUGAUGCAAUAAGAAAAAGAAAAUCAUGUGGAGCAGAUCCACAAAGAGUCACAGAUGAGGAUAUGCUGUGCUCUGGAAAGCAAGUUUGAAGGUUUUGCUAAUUGUGUCCCAUUCACACAAGACCCCCUAGACACAGAGCUUAAGUGACAAUGGUUCCUUCAGCCCUAGCUGAUUACACUGGAUGUAGUGAUAAGGAAAUAUUAUUUGCUCCUUUUUUUGUCCUUUUAUGUCCCAGAUGCACCAUUGUUUUGGAUUUCUCUUCAGAUUUGACACUAAUGUGAAUGCAAUUCAGUUUUAAUUACAGAAAUUAAUUAAAACAGCAAAAAAAAAAGCAAUUCAGUUUUAAUUUACAGAAAAUCAACGGCUCUUCCCACUGAGGGAAUGCAGUCAAUAUGGAUGGGUAAACUAAUCUGAAGUGAAUUGAGAAGUUGAUUGUCUCAACUCCAUGCUUGGUAUUGCAUGCCGAUGAAGUCAUCAUCCUCUACUGACUGUUGUACUGCUGCUGUCAACAUGCUUGGCCACUGACUGUCUCAUGUGUUGGGAGAUUUAACUUAAUUAGAAAUACUUAUUUCUAAUAAUGUAAUAUGUGUUGCAUGUCUUUAUUCUCUGUCUCUCUUUCUCUCUCUUGCUUUCUCUCUCUAGCAUCAACUACACACACAAACACACCCACACACACACAUUUAUCUUCUCUCUCUUUUACAUAUUUGCACUUUAAACAAUACUCGGUUGGAAGCUGUUGAUUUUUUUAAGUGAUUAUAUUUCCAGUUCUAUUUUUCAAACUAGUGUCAUUAAAACAAAUCUCAUGACA